CGCCUUUAUAAUUACAUGAAGACUACUAUUACUUCCUGAGAGUCAUUUUCACCACCGUGCCGGGAGAAAGUUCUUCUCCUUCCACCACUAUUUUUUUCUGUGUCUCUCUUUUACCUUCAACAUGUCAUCAGCCUUAAUCUAUCUAAAAAUCACUCUCGGCCUCGUGGCUAUUGCCUCCGCGAUCGAGCUGGCCUUCAUCUCCGCCACCGUCGCCUAUCUCGUCCAAAUCAGCAAGCAGGACCUCAUCGCGACCAACACCGCAGGCACCAGCGAACCCGUCAAUGUCCCCAGUCUCCCAGCCAACCUCUCCGUGAAUCAGGGCCACACUUCCAAUGGUGCUGCAGGGACAGGGCUCAUCGUGAUCGCCCUCGCAGGCAGCCUCGCGCUGCUCCUGCGCAGCCGUCCAGGCUACUAUGCCUCGACCCCGACAGGACUCUUCAGCCGGAUCUUGUACCGCCUCUGGCUCGCCCUCAACGUGCCCGCGCUGCUGCUCACGCUGGGCGCGCUGGCGUAUGUCUUCGCCGUGACGAAUGCGCACGCUGGCCAGCACAUCGAUGCCAGUCUGCUUCGUGGUAUGAGCGCGGGGAGCAAGUACCCGCUGCUGGAGUGGACGCCACAGGGUUGGUUCCAGGCACUGCUUGAGCUAGACCUUGUUCCGGGCGAUGUGAACCUCGGAGCGAUCCGGAGCCAUCUUAAGAUCGCCAAGGGGUGGGAGUACAAUCUGAUCCCGUUCUUUAUCGUACAGCUUGCUGAGACGGGGUGUGCGCUGUGGGAUGCGAGGCGGAGGCGGAGGGAGGAUGCGCAGUAUGGGCCCGCGGUGGGAGAGAAAGGCAUGUCUUACGGAGGAGGAAGAUAAUUGCAUGAUGAUUGGUGAGAGAUGUGCAAAUAUGGACGGGAUUAGCGAGUAAAACCCUCAUGGGUCUCAAGUUGGUCACAAUCGACCCUCAUCAUCCUUGAAUAGAUUUCUCGUUACAUGUCUG